AUGCAAAUCCCGGCCAAAACCUUGAUUGGUUAUGCAAUCUUUGUUUCAGGUGCCACUGCUAUGAGCAUACGACAAACCGGUGGUGCCAUGAACAUCGUGAACGCGUAUGGUGUAGCCAUGCAACAGUCUGCCGAUAGUGUGUUGGGCUGGUGGACAUCAGAGCAGCCAGCCGCGGUAGUUAUUCAGUGGCCCACCUCCGGAAACCCCACGGCGCUCAAAUUUGCAAACGGAAAGUGUUUGUAUGUGGACAAUGUAGUACCGUACCAAACAGACUGUACUUGUAACAACGAUGAGUGGUGGCACUACGAGAACGAACAAUGA